UUGAACGAGGUUGCGCAUCUAUGGCUACUGACGAAAAGAGAGCUGAACAAAAGGUGAGUAUCUAACAGAUUGGGGAGAAGUUCUGACGCAUCAGUAUUGUGAGCGUUGGAGCUGGGGAGGGAUGAGCAAAGCUUGCUGGAUUUCGCUGAGUCGGGUUUUGAAGCGGGCUAAGCCAAAUGAGUAUAGCUCACGUGUUAGGGCGGAUCCGUUUCAUUUGCCCCUCGACUCCGCUCCCCUCUCAUCAAUCAGAAUGCCAUCCUCAUCCGCUCCAGACUCAGAAAUCAGUACUCUCCCUCAUAGCUGCUUCCACUGUCGAAAGAUCAUCAUCAAUCCGCCUCCCCAGCCUAGAGUCCACGGCUUCCGCUGUCGCCUUCCUUACACCAGACGCGAAGCGCUUCAAGCCGCCAAAGAUGGCUGCCCAAUCUAUAAAAUGCUUGUCAAGGGCUAUCGGUUCGCGUCUACUCCAGAAGAGCUCCGUCAACUAGUCCGCGCUGUGCAAGGCAAGGCCGACUGGCGACUUCCACGCGUGGGUGUGUUUGGGUCACAAGAGAGGAUCAUCUACCUCGCAGAAAGCCUCAGCGAGCAUCCCUUCUCAAUCAGAUUCAACGAGAAUGGAUGGGCGCUCUUUGCCUGCCUGGCAUGGGGAAGCUGGUGGUUCUAUGUGAAUGCCCGACCAACCGAUCCAGCUGCGUCAGUCUUUCCCAUCCCACCUGUCAACAGAAAUGUUGCUUCUGCAGAGGCAUUUGACUGGGCCCGGAAGUGGUUGAAUGAGUGCGCCAACCAUGGACCCGAAACGCACCGUUUGUGCCCCUCAGCAAAGGACAUCGAGUUCACCCCGACACGGUUGCUACAGGUUGCACUCGAGGGAGGGCGCUAUCGUGUCCGACUUCGCGAGACUCUCCCACAUGAGCGUUUACGAUAUGUGUGCCUAAGCUACUGUUGGGGUGGCGACCAGCCCGUAAAGACGACAAAAGCAACGUUGGCCGAACGUGCACGAGGGAUCAACUUUCAGGCUCUUCCCAAGACUCUUCAAGAUGCGAUUUUCGUCACUCAACAGCUUCAGCUUUCUUUUAUUUGGAUAGAUUGCCUGACGAUCAUUCAGGAUGAUAAGGAGGACCUCGCGGUCGAGCUGCCGAAGAUGCCCGAGAUCUACAAAAACGCAUGGGUAACAAUCUCUGCAUCGAGUGCUAGCACCUGUUUUGAGGGCUUCCUUGAACAACGACGCCCAUCCGCCGAUACCCAAUGCGAGGAUGUCGCUCUCCGUUAUCAGUGUUCGAACGGAACGAUUGGCAAUAUUUAUAUGUUCCAGCACGAAUCGAAUACUGUGGAUCCAAUAGACAAAAGAGCAUGGACAUUCCAGGAACGUAGAAUCUCUCCCCGCUUUCUUGACUUUGCGAGUCAUCAACUGCGGUGGAAGUGUAACAGCAGAGCGUACUUUGAUGGAGGAUUUGCUCCCGCCAAUUACGAGGAACAAAAGACAAAAGGCACGCACGAACAAGUGAAGCCCGCUUCGUACAAUGAUAGUGGUGACGCCACUCUCGAACAAACCAUCUUCAAGGUCUGGCCGGAGAUCGUGGACAACUAUACCCAGCGGUCUUUAAGCUUUCCGGGCGACAAGCUCAUCGCGCUCGCCGCUCUUGCUAGCGAAAUUGGAGACCCCCUCAAUAUGACCUAUCUAGCGGGACUUUGGAAGGAGCACCUUCCAGCGCAGCUCCUUUGGCGGCUGUGGGGUGAGCCAGCAAAGCGGCCGGAGCUGUAUCGUGCUCCAAGCUGGUCCUGGGCAUCGGUUGACGGAUAUAUCAUGAUGGAGCACGAGGCGAACACAGACAGAGUCGCAAUUGAGGUUCUGGGGUGUACAAUCGAGCCAGUCACCAAAGGCUUUGUGUACGGCGCCGUAGAGUCUGGAACUUUAACCAUAAAAGGGCGCUUGUUGCCAGCGAUCUGGUCGAUUAAUCGAGAGGAUUGUCUCGCUUUAGAGGGCGUCUUCGAUUUCGAUUCGGAGUCCGAAGGGAUGUCGGACCUGGAGCAAGACCUUUCAGAUGACGAAAUGACUGAUAUACCAGAUACGCCUAGUGAGGCGGAAGCCUUGGAAACGACAUCAGACGCGGUCGAAGCCACAGUCCUGGAGCCUGUUGACCUCACCGCGGAUGCUAUCGAGGUCGGGUGGGAUAUGAACGACCCCGAUUUCGCCGUCGAAGUGCACUGCUUACAGGUCAUAUCCCAGACAACGACUGAUGGCUCUGCUGGCCUCCUCCUGGUUCUCUCAGACUCCAGUAAUCCUAGCUCCUACAAACGUGUUGGGCAUUUCAUUUUCGACAGUAGGAAGAACGACGUCUUUCAGAAUGUCGAUGAGCGAGUCAUGACGAUUGUCUGAAUUGUAGGCCCAGCUCUGCAUCCGCCCGAUUUCGGACCGGUCUACUAGUUACAAGCCCUCUCGUUGCACGUCAGACAAAUCCACAGCCAACUCGCCUAUCCUCUCCCUUCCGUCUAAUUCGGCAAUCUCUGCGUUUGCAUCCAUCUCCUUAAUAGUCUCC